CUAGCCAGAUUUUUUUUCAGCUAUGUUCACACUGAGUCUUUGCAGUCUGUAACCUGCACCCAUCUUCCUUGGUGUUCCGCGUACCUGGGAUUUGCAGUAUCUGGAAUAGUGCCAAAACCCCAAAACACAAGAAUUAUUUCAGUUAAUCUUCAUAGUAUUUUACAGUGGGACACACCUAGGUUUCACAGAGGGAAUAUAAGUUACACCGUCCAAUCUAAGAGCAUCAAUUUCCCUGGAGACAGAUAUGAAAAUGUGAGUACAAACUUGAGACUCACAGAGUGUGACAUCUCUUCUCUUCCUGCAUAUGGAGACUACCUUUUACGGGUCAGAGCAGAGUCAGAAAAUAACCAUUCAGACUGGGUGACCAUCAGAUUUAAGCCAAUGGAUGACACAGUCAUUGGGCCACCUGAUGUAAAAGUGAAGUCAGAAUCUGGGUCCCUGCAUGUGGAUUUCACAGGCCCUUCAUCUGAACAUAAAUAUGACAAGUGGCAUCUAAAGCAAUAUUACGGCUCAUGGAAUUACAGAAUACUGUACUGGAAGAAAGACAGCAAUACAGAGGUAACUCGCAUAGAUACUGAACAUAACUCUGAAAUAUUAUCUCAGUUGGAGCCAUGGACAAUAUAUUGUAUUCAAGUGCAAGCAACUAUCCCUGAGUGGAACAAAACAGGGAAGCUGAGCAGAGAGCUUUGUGAGCAGACAACCCACAAUGGUGUAACUCCUGUGUGGAUAAUUGUGAGCGUUCUUGUAGGAUCAGUGCUGUCUGUUGUAAUAUCUGUUCCUGUUUGUUUCUUUUCCUUUUUGUAUCUAUAUCGACUCACCAAACAUGUUUUCUGCCCUUCAUAUGUUUUCCCACAACACUUGAAAGAGUUUUUGAGCAACCCUCCCAGUGGUUCGCAGAUUUUUAAUCCACUCCCACAAGAAGAGCAUCUUUUUUAUGACAAGCUAACCAUUGUUUCAAAAGAACCCCAAAAUCAGAGUGAGGAGUCUGGGGAUGAGGCCAGCAAGACAGCAGAGCACCUUCAGGACUCUGAACAAGAAGAUUCUAAUUCAAGAACAGUACCAGCUUCAGAAAAGGCCUAAGUGCACUCCUCAUACUUCACUAAGGCCAAAAAAAAAGCAAACAGGCUGCUGAGUUUAUUUUCUUAUUGCUGCAUUCUUAAGACAGUAAAAAUUCUUAUAUGAAGAUGUGUACACAGACUUUUCAUAGAAUCAUAUUAUUUUUUUAAAGCACAAGAAACUUGACUAUAAAUGAGGAAGUAAAUGAUACUAAUUUUUGCCACUGUAGUGGCUCACUGUUAAGUUAUAGCAUUACCUAGGACCAUUUUGUGACAUUAAUUUAAAAAGCAAAUAUAUAUAUACUACUAGUUAAUUUCACUUUGAUGAACUAUUUAUUGCAAAAGCUAAUCAAAAUGGCAUAUUGUAUAAGGUUUGUAAAAGAAAAUCAUAUUUUGUAAAGAAAGAUGUGAUCUGGCUUUUUUUUUUUUUUUUUUAACAAGAAAUUGUGUGUAUUUCUUAAGGAUAUUCCUACUGGCAUAAUCCUUCUAUUGUAUAUUUUUUUACCUGAUGCAAAAUUAUAUAUUUGUUAGGAUGUUUUGAACUUUGUAUGAAUAAACCAAACACAAAUUUCAGUGUGUUUUGCAUUCCGAGGUGUUACUCAUACUUCAUCGCUAAGGAUAAUGGGAACAUACCAGUGCCCUCCCAGAUAGCCCUCUCUGCUCGGGUAUUGCUCAGUCCCCUGGGCCUCUGCCCUGCAGUUUCUGUAGCUAAUUAAAUUUUGCCUACUUAAUCCAGAGUCCACUGAAGUCUGCGGAAAAUUUCACAGCUGAAGUGGGAAUUAAAACAUUCAUUUUACUUACCUACUGGUAACACAUUCUUAAUUAAAAAAAAAAGUAAAUCCAGGUUGAUAUGACUCCUGUGCUACAUAAUGCGAUCUCACCUGCAGAGCCCUGUUCAUGCAUAUGAAGGUUACAUUUGCACCAACACUGGGGCAUAAAGUGUGACCUUUGCCCUAUGCACUAAUUUU